AUGGCGAAGGAGGUGCUAGGUGAUAAGAAAGGAACUUAUGGAAAACCAAAAUGGAAUCCUAUGACUAAAGAGCUUCUUGGAGAAGGUCUGGCGGUGCUCAAUGGUAAUAAAUGGGCGCAUCACCGGCAGAUUAUAAAUCCAUCUUUCCAUACGGAUAAGCUCAAGGAUAUGGUUUCUUGCAUGAUCGAGAGCACUACCCGUAUGCUGGAGAAAUGGGAGAAAUUGGUACAAAAUAAUGAGAAAGAAGUGAACGUGGCUGAGGAAUUUAAGGCUUUAACUUCAGACAUCAUUGCCCGCACAGCAUUUGGCAGCAGCUAUCUCCAAGGAAAGCAUAUUUUUGACUUGCUGGCUCAGCAAAUAUCCUUGGCUUGCCAGGAUUAUGCUAAAUUAAUGAUUCCUUGCUACAGAUUUUUGCCUUUCAAAAGAGACAGAGAACGUUGGAGACUCAACAAAGAAAUUCAGAGUGCUUUGAAAGAUCUUAUUAUGAAGCGAGAAAAAGCUGGUACAAAGACCAGUCAAGGCUAUGGUAAAGAUCUGCUUGGCUCCAUGAUGAACACAAUCCAAGAGCUGAGGAGCUCUGAAAUGGAUGAAGGCCUGACAACAGAGGAAAUCAUAGCUGAAUGCAGAACUUUUUUCAUUGCUGGGCAAGAGACUACAUGUAAUUACUUAACAUAUGUCAUUGUUGUGUUGGCCAUGCAUUCUGACUGGCAAGAGAAAGCACGCUCAGAAAUACUUGAAAUAUGUGGAAAUUCCCAUCCACAAUUUGAGACAGUAAACAAACUUAAAACUUUAGGAAUGAUUCUGAACGAGGUGAUCCGGCUCUACCCACCAGGUGUUGUCUUUCUUAGAGAAAUACAUAAGUAUACAACACUAGGAGGAAUUGCAAUUCCUGAAGGCACGCAGCUCCUUAUUCCUACGCUGUCACUGAAUCAGAAUACAUCUAUGUGGGGAGAGGAUGCAAAUGAAUUUAAGCCUGAGAGGUUUAGUGAGGGAAUAUGCAACGCUGCUAAGGAUGAGUCUACUGCAUUUAUCCCUUUUGGAUAUGGACCGAGGGCUUGUGUGGGCAAAAAUUAUGCUAUGCUAGAGACCAAGGUUGCCCUCGCUAUGAUUUUGCAACGUUUCUCGUUUGUUCUUUCUCCAGUGUUAGCAAAUGUGUUUGCAGUAAUAGCAAACAGUCUUGCAAUGUUAGCAAGAGGCGUAGUGAUAGCGUUGGGAGAUAGCAGUGGAGGAAUAUCAGCAGGAGGAAUUGGGAGAUUGUUGGGGUUCUGCCAGUGA